AUGGCUGACUUCAAGAUGGUGGAGAACCGCAAAUACAAUAACGAGGAGAUCAAUUACGUCAAUGCACGAAUACAUGCCGGCUGGAACCCCGAAACCAUCGCCAAAGCCUUCAAGCAGGACCAUGGCGAAUACUGGGCUAAUCGGGAGUUCACCAAGAAGCAGGUGGCCUACAUUCGGUCUACCUAUAAGACAGCGCCAGGUUUGAUCCAGCCGUAUACUGGGCCUAUCCCCGAGUUUCCCAGGUCACCAACAUCGGAGGAAAGCCCCGAGCCCGUCUCAAGCACCAACCGCAAACGUAAGCGAGCAGUAGAGUCCGCUCAACCUCGUUGCUCGAGCGCCCGAGCCUCUGUGCACCAGGGGGCCAACAGCCCCAUCGCCGGAUCGUCACAUCAGUGCCAGCAAGUACAGCCCCCACACGACACGCCUACUGGCCAUGGGGUUCAGAGCCAGGCCCUGGCAUCCGGUUCGCCGAGCGCUCCCCCAGCCAGCACGAACGACACACCUGGUGACGAGUUCCUGAAGGAGCCUUUCGGCAUCGACGUCGACGCUGGCGAUCCCUUCGCCGAGAUCAACUAUGGCAUGGACGUAUUUGAGGCAGGCACGGCCGCGGAAGACUUCAGCCUCGAUCCUGAUAACCCGAACCUGAUGGGUCCCGCCAACCCCGGCCAGGGCUCGAGCAUCCCCGACGUGCGUACUCUACUCCCAGACACCCCUCUCCAGUCCAUCGAGGGACAUCAGUCCGCCACAGCAGGCAGCACCAACAACGCCAACUCGGCCUACCUAGCCACGCAGCAGCCUGGCUUCCCAGGGCCCCAGCUCCAGUUCCCGCCAGGGUGCACCCACAGGGGCGCCGUGGCGCGCGCGGACCCCUUCGGCGUGUGGUACUUCGACCCGCACGACAGCUGCCAGAUCCGGCUGGGCCACCGGCACGAGAUGGACGGCGGCGUGUACUUCACCAACGACAUCGGCGUGGUGCAGAGCAUGCUGGCGAUGCACCAGACGGAGGCUACCGGCUUCAUGCUGGGCGUGGCAAUGGCGGCCGAGCACCUCCUGACUAACAACGAUAAUAACGGCACCGGCGGCGUCCAGCACCAGGCCCUCAUGCGCCGCGCCACGCAGAUCGUCUACAACAACAUCCCCGCUGACAUGCGGGACGGCUUGCGCCUCGCGGUCCCUGAACCUGACGUCGUGCGCCGCCUGUCCGAGUUGAAUCGCCGCCUGCCGCCGGGGCACUUCCACGACCCGUUCCAGAACCGCGUCGUCCGGUAUGACAUGGCUCGUGACUCGGAAGCCCAGGAUGGUGCGCAGGGACGUGCUGAUGGAAGCAAGAGGCGUCGCCUGGGCACCGAUUCUUCAGGGCCGCCUGUUUAG